GCGAGCGGCCGUUGCGACGGCUAACGGUCUCUCCGCUCGUUCCGAUCGACGCCGGGACCGUCGGGAGGGCGCCGGGGGCCGGGAUGGCGGCCUCGGAGCCCGGCGUCGGCGGCUACGCGCGGAGCGAGGCGGGGCCCCGCGGGGAGAGGGAGAAGCAGCCGCCGCUGGCGGCCGGGGGCCCGGGCCCGGCCCGCAAGAGCCUGGUCUCCCCGCCGCCGCCGCCGCUCUGCCUGAGGCGCCGAGUGAGGCUCCUGCCGGGGCCCGAGGAGACCGUGCACAGCCGGGUAACGCUGGAGAAAGUACUGGGCAUUACAGCUCAAAACAGCAGUGGCUUAACAUGUGAUCCUAACACAGGCUACAUUGCCUACCUGGCUGGGUGUGUGGUGGUGAUCUUAGACCCCAAGAAGAGUAAGCAGCACCACAUCUUUAAUACUGCCAGGAAAGCCCUGAGCGCACUCGCCUUCUCUCCUGAUGGGAGAUACAUCGUGACUGGGGAGAAUGGGCAUAGGCCAGCUGUUCGAAUUUGGGACGUGGAGGAGAAGAGCCAGGUGGCAGAGAUGUUGGGCCACAAGUACGGGGUGGCGUGUGUGGCCUUCUCACCGAACAUGAAGCACAUUGUGUCCAUGGGCUAUCAGCAUGACAUGGUGGUGAACGUCUGGGACUGGAAGAAAGACAGUGUGGUCGCCUCCAACAAGGUGUCCUGUAAGGUCAUCGCCAUCUCAUUUUCUGAGGACAGCAGCUACUUUGUGACUGUGGGCCACCGGCAUGUCAAGUUCUGGUUCUUGGAGGUGUCCAAGGACCUAAAGGUGACUGGCACGGUGCCCCUCGUGGGGCGCUCUGGCAUCCUGGGAGAGCUGCACAACAACGUCUUCUGUGGGUUGCCUGUGGGGAGAGGCAGGAUGGCGGGCAACACCUUCUGUGUGUCCUACUCUGGUCUCCUCUGCCAAUUUAAUGAGAAGAGAGUCCUAGAAAAGUGGAUCAACCUGAAGGUCUCCCUUUCAUCAUGCUUAUGCGUCAGUGAGGAUCUCAUCUUCUGUGGCUGUACCGAUGGGACAGUCCGCAUCUUCCAAGCACGUGACAUGCAUUAUGUGACCAACUUACCCAAGCCUCACUACUUGGGAGUAGACGUGGCCCAAGGCCUGGAUCCCAGCUUCCUCUUCUGUAGGAAGGCUCAGUCAGUCUAUCCAGACACAGUGGCGCUGGCCUUUGACCCCUGCCACCACUGGCUGUCCUGUGUGUACAAGGACCACAGCAUCUACGUUUGGGACAUCCGAGACCUAACUAAAGUGGGCAAAGUAUGGUCUGAUCUCUUCCACAGUUCCUAUGUCUGGAACGUCGAGGUUUACCCGGAGUUUGAAGACCAGAGAGCCUGUUUGCCUUCAGGAUCCUUUCUGACCUGCUCCUCCGACAACACUAUCCGCUUCUGGAACAUGGAGAACAGCCCGACUUCUGGCCGUCCCAAGAAUGUUUUCAGCAAUAACCUGCUAAAGGUGGUAUAUGUAGAAAAUGACAUCCAGCAUCUGCAGGACAUAUCCCACUUCCCAGACCGAGGAAACGAGAAUGGGACUCCUGUGGACAUGAAGUCAGGAGUUCGGGUCAUGCAGGUCAGUCCUGAUGGUCAGCAUUUGGCCUCAGGUGACCGAAGUGGAAAUCUGAGGAUUCAUGAGCUUAGGUUCAUGGAUGAGCUGAUUAAGGUGGAGGCCCAUGAUGCAGAAGUUUUGUGUUUGGAAUAUUCCAAACCUGAAACUGGGGUGACAUUGCUGGCCUCAGCCAGUCGAGACCGACUCAUCCACGUGCUCAACGUGGAGAAGAACUAUAACCUGGAGCAGACCCUGGAUGACCAUUCUUCCUCCAUCACAGCCAUUAAGUUUGCAGGGAACAGAGACAUCCAGAUGAUCAGCUGUGGAGCUGACAAAAGCAUCUACUUCCGCAGUGCCCAAAAGGUGUCUGAUAGCCUUCAUUUUGUACGUACGCAUCAUGUGGCGGAGAAGACCACCCUGUAUGACAUGGACAUUGAUAUCACCCAGAAGUAUGUGGCUGUGGCCUGUCAGGACAGGAAUGUGAGAGUCUACGAUACGGUCAAUGGCAAACAGAAGAAAUGCUACAAAGGCUCUCAGGGGGAUGAUGGCUCCUUGCUGAAGGUGCAGGUAGACCCUUCAGGCACCUUCCUAGCCACCAGUUGCUCUGACAAGAGCAUCUCGGUGAUUGACUUCUAUUCUGGAGAGUGCAUUGCCAAGAUGUUUGGGCAUUCAGAAAUUGUCACAGGCAUGAAGUUUACUUAUGACUGUCGCCACCUGAUCACUGUAUCUGGAGACAGUUGUGUAUUUAUCUGGAAGCUGGGCCCAGAGAUCACCAACUGCAUGAAACAGCACUUGAUGGAAAUCGAUCACAUUGAUCAGGAGAAGAAAAUGAAAGAGAGAAAGUGGUGCAGCCAGCUGAGGCGGGAGACUUACGUGUCUGUGCCCGGUGGAACUUGCUCCCUGAGCCCUGGAGAACAGACGGAUGAUGAGCUGGAAGAGGAGUGUGAGCAAGAGUUGCUGCUGAAGACCCCCACUAAAGACAGCUUUGAAACAGAUCCCCGGUGCCUGCUGACAAAUGGCAAGCUUCCUCUCUGGGCAAAGCGGCUGCUGGGGGAUGAUGACGUGGACGGGGCCACGUUCCAUGCCAAGCGGAGCUACCAGCCUCAUGGCCGCUGGGCUGAACGGGCUGACAGAGAGCCCAUCAAGACCAUUUUGGAUGCCCGGGACCUGAACUACUAUUUCAGCCCCGUGAACCCUGACAUGCUGGAUGACUGUGGCCUAGAGAAGGUGGAGCCCAAGAGUCUGGCCCAGCUGCUCACUGAGACAGAGGGCCAAGAGGACCGAAGCCAGACAGAGAGUGGUUUCCGGUGUCCGGACUUCCUCCAAUUGGAUCUGGGGUCUUCUAAGGCGAGUGACAUCAUCAUUUACACCCUGGAGCCAGAGGCCAUCCCGGACAGUGAGUACCAUCUAAAAGAAGUGGACAUCUCCCCCUGCCAGCGGGGCAAUGGUUUUCUUCGAGUCAACUCACUUCUGACUGGGGAUCUGGACAGCCGGGCCCCGGAGCACCAGCCCGAAGGUGGGGAGUCACUGGAGUCCGAGGCUGAAACGGAAGUUGAGACUGUUGACUUGGAAGGUGGCUUCAAAGCCAUUCACUCCUCCCCCACCCAACCCAAGGCAGAGGAGAGCCCCUUAGAGCUGAUCCCACUAGUCCUAGAGAGUGCUUCGGAAGUGGAGCUCGUCAGAUCCGAGGGGCCCAUGCCCCCCAGCAGCUCUUUGCCGCAGACACCAGAGCAGGAGAAGUUUCUUAGACACCAUUUUGAAACCCUCACUGAUGCCCAUCCUGAAGAACUGUUUAAUGGUUCCCUGAAGGAUGUGGAGCCCCCUGAGGUGGAUUCAGAGUCUGAGAAACACUUCUUCUUCAACCCUCGCCUGAGCAUUUCUGCCCAGUUUCUUUCUCGAUUCCAGAAAAGUCCCAGGUUUGCACACAGCUUCCCACCGACACUGCCCCUUCAGUUAGUGAAGCCGCUGGAGGCCGUGGCCCAGAGGGCUGACGGGAGCCACGGCACUGCAGAUGCCUCUGAUGGACUCCUUGGUGAGAAGACAGCUGAGAGCACAGAGACCCCAGCGCCUGCAUCCUGGUGCCCGCUGAGCUCUGGCAUCACUGGCAUAGUGCCAGGCCCACCCCUUGAGGCUUUCCCGGGCCUCCCCCUGGAGAAAGAGAGGGAAAGGGUACCAGAGCAGUUGCCUCGACUGCCCUCUGCCCUGGCCCAGGGCAGCCGAGAACUCCCCACCCGCUCCUGCGUGGAGGCUGCUAGGAAUUCCCGUGCAAAGAUGUCCCGAAGUGUAUCUCUUGGAGAAAACCUUACCCCUGCCCUGGGAAAGUACCCCCAAUCCUUGUAUGGCUUAAGGAAGCCUCUGUCAAUGGAAGAACUCUCAACAGUGGGGCAAGAUGGUCUGCCAGGCAGCACCAGUGAGCUGAACAGCAAGGAGGGGGGCCAGGGCCUGCCCCUCUGGGGUAAUCAUGAAGCCCGAGCCAGCCUGAGGCUGGACCUGCCCAAUGUCUGUGACCAGCUCCUGAUGCCUCCCCGAUCAUCACCCCCUACCCCAGCCUGUAAGCUUCCUGAGACAGGCCUAGAAAGAGGCUGGACUCAGGGCUCUCUGGCCACUGUGGAAACUGCCCCAGCAGCACCCCUGGCCAGUGACACUCCUGAGGUGAAGGCCAUGGGCCUCUCUGAACCCGGAUUCCUCCAGAAACUGUCGGGGUCUGAGCUACCAGCUCAGGCCCGCACCAAGGGCCCGGCCACCAAAGAAUCUCUGGGGCCCAGGGGCAUCAGUUCUGAAGCCUCCCUCUUGGAACCUCUCCCUGUCCCCCAGCUCAGCAUGAGCAACGUGGAAUGUAUCACCCUAAAGCUGAGGCGCAGCUUUCAGGAGGCCUUGAACCUUUACAACCUGGUGGUUUCCAGGCCCCAGGUGAGUGGGGAACAGCAGCAAGCCCGAUCAGAAUUGUCAUCGACCUUCCGGUGGAUACAGGGCCAGCUGGAGGCGGUGGCCUGGCUAGGGGGGGAAGAGGUGGCCCAACUCUCAUCCCCAUGCUUGUCUCCAGUCCCUUCCCCAGCUCAGGGCCUGGCCCCAGCCCCAGGCCUCCCGUCCCCUCUGCUGUGGUGCUUGCCCAGCUCAGAGGUCCGAGCCCUGUUGGAACACUACUCAGAGCUGUUGGUGCAGGCUGUUCGAAGAAAGGCGGGUGGCAGGGAGAUGAGGGCAGACCAGGGGAGCAGGGCCUGAGCCUCCUUUAACACCGCCAUCCCUUCUGGGGAGUCAAAAGCCAUAAGCCACAACACUGACAUGACAACCUCUUCCUUCUCUGCUCUACUGCUUUUCUGAAAAGGUCUAUUUUUUUGAAAAUAAACGACUUUGAUGUGAGUGGCUCCUGGUGCCUCAUCCCCACCCCCCAACU